AUGGCCUUGGCAGGGAAGCCUUUAGAUGUGACACUCACCACCUCCAGAGCUGACCAAUGGAACAUGGUUUUUCCCCAGAGAGACGAAGUCAUCACCAGCUUAGUGUCUGCCUUAGACUACAUGUGCUCAGCACUCGCCAAGCUGAACGCAGAGGUUGCCUGCAUCGCCGUCCACGAGGAGAGCGCCUUCGUGCUGGGCACUGACAAGGGAAGGGUUUUCCUCAGCGCCCGCAAGGAGCUGCAGGCUGACUUCCAGAAGUUUUGCAGAAUCCAGCAGAGGAAGGAGCAGGACGCAGAGGUGCAGAAGAAGGCAAAGGAGUGCGGGCAAAGGGUGCUCAGGGUCUCCCCGGACCAGGGAUCAGAUGUGUACCUCCUCAGGAAGAUGGUAGAGGAAGUGUUUGAUGUGCUUUAUAGUGAAGCCAUGGGGAAGAGCAGCGUGGUCCCUUUGCCCUACGAGAGGUUCCUGAAAGAGCCAGGCUCACUGGCUGUUACUGGCCUGCCCGAGGGCAUCAGCUUUAAGAAACCCCUGGAGUAUGAUGUGAAAUCCCUGAUGGCCAUCCUAGAGCACAGCCACAGCAUCCGCUUCAGACUAAAAAGGCCAGCAGAUGAACCCAGCCGAGAGCCCAACCCAAACAUCGAGUUAACUUGUUCCUCCCUCGCCUCCAAGGGCAGCCGAGACUCUGGUGCCAACGGCCCCGUGGCCAAAUCCACCACCCAGGAUGCCCCCUCCGCCAUUGCUAUCACCAACUUCCUGUACGGCGUCUCGCUGCCCACCCCUGCCACCAUCGACCUCAAGCAGGAGGUGUCCUCGGGGCUGCCUGGGCCGACUGCCGUGGGCGAGGCGCUGCUGGCUCAGCCGGCCGGAGAGCUGAAGGUGCCUUCCUCACAGGAGUACAGCGACUGCUGUGGACAGAAAUCAUCAGUCUCCGGAGGUCCCCUCAUCCAGAAUGUGCACUCAUCCAAGCGCAUCCUCUUCUCCAUUGUCCAUGACAAGACAGAUAAGUGGGACAGUUUUAUAAAAGAAACUGAAGACAUCAACACCCUUAGGGAGUGCGUGCAAAUUCUUUUUAACAGCAGAUAUGCUGAAGCCUUAGGGUUAGACCACAUGGUCCCCGUCCCAUACAGGAAGAUUGCCUGUGACCCCGAGGCAGUGGAGAUCAUUGGCAUCCCAGACAAAAUACCUUUUAAAAGACCUUGCACAUAUGGUGUCCCCAAACUCAAACGGAUACUGGAAGAGAGGCACAACAUCCAUUUUGUCAUCAAAAGGAUGUUUGAUGAAAGAAUUUUUACAGGAAGCAAAUUUACCAAAGAUCCAACCAAGCUGGAGCCCUCCAGCCCUCCCCGGGAGAUCUCCCCUGAGCCUCACCGUGGGACCACACUGGAACUGGUGGGGACCUCUCAGGCCAACACCAGGUCUGAGAAGUGUAAUGUUUCUGAAGGCUGUGAACCAGGUACCUCAGGAGAGCUAGGUGGGAUCAGGCAGAUCAAAAUCGAACCAGACGAGCUGAACAUCAUCCAGAUCACCGUACCAGACCGAUCACCUGGCUCAGUUGAAAUGCAUGACCCGGUGCCCACACACGUGGCCUCAGAUGAAUCAAGAUACAUCCUGGAAACAGUGACAGAGAAGGGGUCCAGUGAGGAGUCUCGACGUGAAGAAAAGCAGAUGGAGGGAUCAGGGGACAUUUUAAGUCAUUUGAGGAAACAAGUUGAAAUUUUGUUCAACUCACGAUACGCGAAAGCCAUAGGAAUAUCAGAGCCAGUCAAAGUCCCCUACUCCAAGUUCCUGAUGUACCCCGAGGACCUGUUUGUUGUGGGUUUGCCAGAAGGCAUCCUGUUGCGCCGCCCCAACUGCUUCGGGAUUGCCAAGCUGAAGAAGAUCCUGCAAGCAAGCAACAACAUCCAGUUUGUCAUUAAAAGACCGGAGCUGCUGGCAGAGGGCGUCAAGGAGUCGGUGUCAGACAGCCCAGCAAGGGACUCGAGCGAGGUGCUGCUGGAGGACGCUGUGAAGAGACAGGGCUUUCAAGAAAAUUAUGAUGCCAGGCUUUCCAGAAUAGACAUUGCUAAUACACUGCGGGAACAAGUCCAGGAUCUGUUCAACAAGAAAUAUGGUGAGGCCUUGGGGAUUAAAUACCCUGUGCAAGUUCCAUACAAGCGCAUUAAGAGCAAUCCAGGGUCAGUGAUUAUAGAGGGCCUGCCUCCUGGGAUCCCCUUCAGGAAGCCCUGCACCUUUGGCUCCCAAAACCUGGAGAGGAUACUGGCCGUCGCUGAUAAAAUCAAGUUCACUGUGACACGGCCUUUUCAAGGACUCAUCCCCAAACCUGAUGAGGAUGAUGCCAACAGACUUGGAGAGAAGGUGAUUCUUCGAGAGCAAGUGAAAGAGCUUUUCAAUGAAAAAUACGGAGAGGCUCUGGGCUUGAACCGACCUGUCAUGGUGCCCUAUAAACUCAUCAGGGACAGUCCUGAGUCUGUGGAGGUUACUGGGCUGCCAGACGAUAUCCCUUUCAGAAAUCCCAAUACCUAUGACAUUCAUCGGCUGGAGAAGAUCCUGAAGGCACGGGAGAGCAUCCGAAUAGUGAUUAUAAACCAGCUCCAGCCGUUUGCUGAAAUCUGCACCGAGGCCAAACAAACAGAGAAAGACAUCAGUGUUCCCAAACGGAAGCGGAAGAGGAUCUCCGAAGGGAACUCGGUAUCUUCCUCUUCCUCUUCUUCCUCUUCCUCUUCUUCCAAUAUGGAGUCUACAUCAUCAACAAAUCAGAUCUCACUUGUGCAAUGGCCCAUGAACAUGUACAUGUUAGACUAUGGUGGUCUAAACGUCCAGAUCCCAGGACCUAUUAACUAUUAG